GAUUCAUCUUCCUCUUCCUCUUCCUUCUUCCCUCACCCACUCACUCUCAUUCACUCACGUCUACUGAAUGAGCAACCUUCAAAUAUUAUACUCAUCGCCAAUUGUCAAUUGAAAACGCUUCAGGAUUGUGAUCACGAAGAACAAAAUCACGGUCGCCGAUACCUUUCGUCUCUUUCUAUUAACUCUCUAUCACUCAAAACAUGGGUUUACCGAUAUUUUUCAAGCCUUCGGAGCCCGAUGCCUCAUCAAAUUCGACAGAAGACCCUACUUCUCGCGCACGAUCUACUAUUCGAGGUCAUGCUUCUAUUCUUCGAAGUACCAUGCGCAAUCCCCCCCCUCGUGCUACUACCCGUCCGCAUUUAAGUAGCGCACGGAGGCGGGCGCCCACAGAUGAUGUUGAGCAACAUCGCUUUUUCUACAGCUCUGAACCCCAUAGUAGUGUACUCAUUGCUGCUCCUCCUAGAUCUUCAAUCACAACAACAACUAGUGAUGCAAUGAGACACGCGAGGAGAAAUGGUUCAUCAUCACCAGAAAUUCCAUUAAUAACUUUUAGGCCGAGUGCCUUCACAGAUUUUGUGAAUGCCAAUGAUGAUGAUGACGAUGAUGAUGACGAGGACGAGGACGAUGGACCACCGAUGCCCGCUGUUCCAGAAUCCAGAGAUUUUUCCAAUCCUUCAAAUGUAGAGCCUUCGCGAGAUUCUUUAAGACGUCAUCAGCAACCUCGUCGUCGAUUGAUGGAUACCAGAAUGUUUAGAGGUCACACCAUGACUCUCUCCUCUCUCUUUCAACCACCUACAAUUCCAGAACAGCGCCCUAGGGCAGUACCCCCCUCUCGAAUUGAUGCCAGUAACUCGAACCGCAAUGUAAGACCAAGUUUAUUAAGUGCCCCAGCAUGGCAAAUGAAUUAGCGGAACGUGUCGGUGAAACGAACUCACAAGAUUCUUCGGCGCAGAGGCACCGGCGAAAUACAGAAGACGAUGUAGAUCGACGUAUUCGCCGACGCAUUCAGCGACGCGUGCAUGGGGGACGACGCAUUGGCGACACCACUAUCAGACAGGAACUAGUUCAACACCCCAGCCAUCACGAAGCAGCUGAACAUCGACGGCAAUUCGAUAGCCACGAAGCACAACGCAUCAGCGAUUUUAGACUGCAAUUGAGAAUCCGAGAACGAAUUAUAGCUUCUAGAGAACGAAUGAGGGCGAGACUUCUAGCUGAAGUAGAGCAAUCCAGGCGGUCCACUACUUCUGGCCGCGGAGAACAACAACAGAACAGUAUUGAAAUAGAGCGGGCCGAUGGAUCCAUUAAUUCUAUUCCCGGAGAGUGGCAACGAGUUGAGUUGUUUAAUGGGAUGCUUAAUCAUCUCAAUGUUGAAGAAAACGGACAAGAAGGCACGCAAUCAAACACACUACUGCAGUUUGGGGAAGGAGGAAAUCUCAGGAUAAACACCAAUUAUGACGGCCUCGGUGAUCGAGAACGUAGCAUUGAGUUUCAAGAACCAGAGAGGGGCCACAGAGAAUUUGACGACCAUUACGUCAUAGAUAAUGUUGAGCAACUCGAUGUUGACGAUCGUAGUGACCCAAGGCAUGAUUUGGAUCUAGAAGGUCAAGAAUCAUGGGAGAGUAUCUUGAUCACGCCAGAUCCACAAUCACCAAACCCAUCAUCUUCAUUUGCUUCGACCGCUGCGUCUAGCUCACAACGACCUUCUAUAGGAACCUCUGUCAGUAGUAUGCACGAGAAUGCGUCUGUUACGAUUGGUGAUUGCGACAUUGUAUCAGAUGUAGAAAUAGACGAUGGGGCAAUUGUCGCAGCUAUCGAAUAUUUCGGACGAUAUACACAAAGUCGUCCAGACCCUGCAUAUGUCGAACAACCUAUGGAACAACAUAGAACAUUCGCAGGGCAGUGAAUCUAUUGUGUUGGUCUUGGAUGAUUUCGUCUAUCGAUAGUUGUAUUUAUUUCAUUGCCAAUCCAAGGACUGGAGUUUUUUUUCUUCUUCGAGAGGGGAUCAAGCAUGGAAUUGCGGAAGGGCUUUCCACAAUUCUGAUAUAUUUGUAUUAUUAAACUGGCGUUGGGUCGAUCAGGCGGAUUCGGGAUAUCUACUUUCUGUUUGUUCGUGGUUAUGAUCAAACAAGCAGUAAUAUGGGUGUUCGUUACUCACGAUUUAUUAUUAAUGAUUGUUAUAAAGGAAGAUCAAUUUCGUCAAGGAAUAUUGGAUUACGAGCCAUAUAGGGGAGUUGUUUAUCACCGUAACGGCAAAAUUGGGGGAGUUGGAUCUGGUGAAUUGCCUACUUGUGAAUUAUGACAAAGGGUUGCAGUUUUCUACAAAAUUAUUAGCGUGGAGGUAUCAGAUACUUCAUGGGUAGCCUUUGGUGAAGACAUCAACGAGUGGACAUGAGUUGAGUAUGAACAGAGGUUGAUGGAUGAUUUUUAGUCCAGGUGGUUGGUUGGUUGGUUGAUUGAUCAUUUCAAUCUUUCCUCCCUUUUUGUAUUUUAUAGACAUACUUAUCAUCAUCACAUAUAACAAGAGGCAUUAUUUCCUUUUAUUUAUUUUUGAUCGACUCCCUCGAUCUGAAAUCAAGCAAAAAAGAAACUUCAUGAGACCAUCAAACAAUAAAUGGCGUUUCCCC